AUGACUAGCGCUGCAACUACGACACCUAUCUAUUGGAUUUCAGGACCGAAAGGUUUACCCGGUGCUGAUGGCAUACCAGGUCUUCCUGGUCCACCAGGUCUUGUCGGACUAAUUCAAGAUACAAAUGAUAUGGAAAGUGCUGAAGCCAUUGCAAGACAUCGUGAAGAAGACAUUCGUACUAUGAUUCAACGCCAUUUACUUACGCAUGUCUACAAUCCGUCACAAUUUUUCAGAGGUCGAACACCAUUAGUUUCCUCUGCACCUUACAUUCCAUAUGCUCAAUUAGCAGCAGGAAUACCUGGACAACCUGGCUUCGAAGGUCAACAAGGUUUACCGGGUCCACAAGGUGUAAUGGGUGAAUAUGGUAUGCUUGGAGAUCGAGGUUUUCCUGGAAAUGUUGGACCACCAGGUUUUAUGGGACAAAGAGGAAGAAUUGGACGAAAAGGAAGCAUUGGAAGAUCUGGACGAAAAGGUGAGAAGGGUAUUAAAGGUGUUCAGGGAGAGACUGGCUUGAUCGGUAUUCCUGGUAUUGUUGGUAUCAAAGGAGAAACUGGUUCAAUAGGAGAAAAAGGAAGAAAAGGAGAAAUGGGAGGUCAAGGAGAAAAAGGUUGUGGAGGACAACAAGGAGAUCAAGGACCACGUGGAGAGAUCGGUUAUCCAGGUGAAAUAGGACUCGUUGGUGAGAAAGGUGAUCAAGGAGCAAAAGGCAACCAAGGUUCAAUUGGCCCAGUGGGUCAUCAAGGUGAUAUAGGUCAAAAAGGUCAAAAAGGUGAACAAGGUUCGAAAGGUUUGCAAGGAGAUCAAGGACCAAUAGGUCGAAGAGGCAAUACAGGUAUACGUGGACGGAUGGGUAUCAAAGGUCCGGUUGGUGAAAAGGGUAAUAUUGGUGAAAUUGGUAGGAAAGGUGAGCGUGGAAAAAAAGGAGAAAAGGGUGUUCGAGGUAUUCAAGGAACUCGAGGAGGCAUUGGUGUUCAAGGACGACAAGGAUUCAAGGGUGAUCAAGGUCCUGUUGGAUUUAAAGGUGAAAAAGGUUAUCAAGGUGAUGAAGGUGAUGUUGGUCUGGAUGGAGAUAAAGGAAUGAAAGGUUUUGAAGGAGAUAAAGGUGCUGUAGGAGCCAUUGGUUUCAAGGGAAUUACAGGAGACCAAGGUAUUCAAGGUCAAAUGGGACCAACAGGAGACCAUGGUGAUAAAGGCAAUAAAGGACUUCAAGGGGAACAAGGAAUUAUAGGUCCUAUUGGUGAACGUGGCUUUAUUGGAAGACAAGGUCUAGCAGGUGAAGUAGGACAAAAAGGUGAUACAGGUGAUCAAGGAGAUCAAGGUGAGAAAGGCGAAAAAGGUUUUGAUGGACAACAAGGAAUUAUUGGUGAACAAGGUGUACAAGGACCACUUGGAAAUAGAGGUAGAAAAGGUUAUGUUGGUAUCAAGGGUGAAUUAGGAUCUAUAGGAGAAAUAGGUCCAAAGGGUAUCGAAGGAUCCAUUGGAAUAACUGGUUUCAAAGGUGAAGAAGGUGAUAAAGGUAUCCGUGGAUAUCAAGGAGAACAUGGUGAUCGUGGUAUUAUUGGUGAUAAAGGCAUAAAGGGUUUACAAGGAUUCAUCGGCCCACCUGGUGUUCCUGGUAUCGUUGGAGAUAUAGGAAAUAGAGGACCUAUCGGUCAAAUUGGUCAAAAAGGAAUAAAAGGAGAUACAGGUGAUCAAGGAAUAAUUGGUGAUAUUGGUCCAAUAGGACCGACAGGUGAAAAAGGUUCGAAAGGAAUUACUGGUGAUAUCGGACCAAAAGGAUAUAUCGGUUGGUCAGGUGAUAUCGGUGUAACAGGGCCAAAAGGAAAUAUGGGUGAUCAAGGUCCUCAAGGAAAUGUAGGUUUGCAGGGUAAUAUAGGAGUAAGUGGUUCAAAAGGUGAUAUUGGUAUAAAUGGAACAAAAGGAGAUGUUGGUAUUAUCGGUGUUGUAGGUGAAAAAGGAAUUGAAGGUGAAAAGGGAGUCAUCGGUGCAACAGGACAAAAAGGUCAGAAAGGUAAACGUGGACCAAUAGGUCCAAAAGGUGAUAAAGGUUCAAAAGGAGUUAUUGGUCUUAUUGGUGAACAAGGAAUACAAGGAAUAGUUGGACUUCAAGGUAUAGUUGGUAUAAAAGGAGAUACUGGAAUUAAAGGUAUUAAGGGAGCUGUAGGAGAAACAGGUAAAACUGGGCUUCAAGGUGCAACAGGCAAUAAAGGAGAGCAUGGAAGUAAGGGUAUUGUUGGUGGACAAGGCAAUAUAGGUGCUAAAGGUUAUGAAGGACCCAUUGGUUUACCUGGUCUUUCAGGAGCUCGUGGUCUUGCUGGUAAUGUUGGUGAAAAAGGUUACGGUGGUAGUCGUGGAAUUAGAGGUUCUAUCGGUCUUCAAGGUGAACCUGGAUUGGCAGGUGAUGAAGGUGCAACUGGAGAGAUUGGACCAUCUGGAGAAGUUGGUGCAUCUGGUGGUCCAGGUAAUCCAGGUCAACGAGGACCUCGUGGCGAUAUUGGAAGUUCAGGUCCACCGGGUCCUCCUGGUUCUUCCAGUACAUCACCUCUAACAUUGAAUACUGCUAGUUUAAUGAGUCUUUUUACUACAAGUACUCAAAUAGCACAAUUAUUUAAUAUAUCAUUGGAUAGAUAUAAACAUAUUGAUUUUUCAAAUCCAUUAAAUAACAAUCAAAAUCCAAUUGCAACAGCUUCAACAUUUCUUGACAAUCUCAAACGUCUAUCGAAUGAUAUUAAAUUAAAAACUAAACCUGAUGGAAGUCAAAUGCAUCCUGCUCGAAGUUGUCGUGAUAUUGCUGAUUAUUAUCCAGAAAAAUUAAAUGGACUUUAUUUUAUUGAUCCAAAUGAAGGUUCAAAAACUGAUGCACUACUUGUCUAUUGUAAACUAACGGAACGAUUGACAUGUGUCAAUUCAACGAAUGGAUUAAUUCAAUCAAAUAUUUUCUUAACAAAUCGAAUUCAUUAUGGUAAACAUAUUCGAUUAAUGGAAGAUCUUCUACAACAAUCUGAAUUUAAUUAUGAUAUCGAAACAAUUCAAUUACGUUUUCUUCGAAUACUAUCCGAACAAGCUUCACAAAAUAUAAUAUUCAAUUGUCAAAAUACAAAUAUUGAUAUAUUAAAUCAUGAUGUUAAAUUAAGAACUAAAAAUGGUAUGAUUUAUCAAAUGUAUUCAUUCAAUGAUGAUUCAUUACGAUAUAACAUAAUUAAAGAUGAAUGCAAAUAUUCUCAUGGUCAAACGAUUCUAUCAAUAUCAACAAAUAGAUCUGUACGUUUACCAAUUAUCGAUAUUGAAUUUUUAAAUAAUUUCAAUCAAAAUCAAGAUUUUACUAUAGAUAUAGGACCUGUUUGUUUUUCAUAG